AUGGCGGGCCAAAUCGACACCAAGAACAAGUUGUAUAAACUCGCCGCCGCACCUUUCAUCCUUGAACGCGACGGCGACUACGAUGCAGCAAUCCAAGUUUAUAAGAAUGCCAUUACCAUUCUGGAUGAGGCAACGAACACGUUCAAGAAAGGGAACUCCCCCAAGAUAUACAGGAAAAUGUUUGAGCGACAGGUGCAAAUCCACCGAGAACGUCUGGCCUACCUCGAGGAUCUAAAGCGCAAAGGCAGAUUUGACGGUAUAAUCUUGCCGCCAACAAUCCUAGACGCUAUGGAAGAAGUGGAGGAGGAGGAGGACGGGAAGAACAGGUCAUUGACACAGAUCCGCAAGGGACUGCAUACCUUCGGAAAAGCCAAUCCCACGGACGCCAGCGCAGCACCUGUCCACCUCCAACCAUUCCUCACAACCGACCCGUCCCAACGUCCCUUCUUCUCACUCACACUCUCCCCCUCGUUACCCACAGUCACAUAUCGAAUCACCCAUUCCUCAGAACUCGUCAACUUAGGCAUGCGCUCACAUUGGUACUUCGUCAAAGACGAAACAAACACACACGUUCUAUACGCCCUCCAAUUCGUCUGGAACAACGAUGCCCCCAUCGUCGACACCGUCCUCCGCCGCGCAGGCGAAUUUCUCCCUCAAGUCGGAGCGACGAGCGUUCGACUGCAGAAGAUGAAAGGCGGCAGCUUCCGGCUGAUAACCAGGACUGUUCCCGAUAUGGGCGCGAUAACAGAGAUUCCGGACGGAGAGAUGAAGCGGAGGGACUGGUCGCCGCGGCGAUUUGAGUACGGAGGACGCAACUUUGUUUGGAAAGAUGCUGCGGCAGAGGGGAAGAAGGAUGGUGGUAUGUUUGGGAAAUUCGGGUUUGCUUGGGAGGCUUUGUAUGAGACGAAGCGGGUGUGGGCUAAGGGCGGGAGUCGGACGGGCAAGAUGGAAGAUGAGACUGUUGGGCCGAGGCUCUGUUGGGGUGAGAAGAAAGGUGGGAAUGGGGCUGAUCAUAGUAUUCAUAUGGUUGGUGGGUUGGAUAUGUAUUUCAGGGAGCAUUUGCUUGCUGUGCAGUUGUCGAGGCUGGCUCGUGUUAGCUAUCCUCCACAGAAGGAUACUUCGGGCGUUGAAGCGGCGUCUGCUGGGCUGGGGUUGUUGUCGAUUGCUGCAACAUUGUCUUGA